UACUAAUAGCACAGUAUAGAGUUGUUAUUUAUACUGUGCUAAUAGUUCCUAAAAACAAAAACAUAUAUUUCAUGAGUAUUUUAAACUGAAAAUAUCUAUGGCAAAUUGUAAUACACAUUUAAAUACAAAUUAUGAAUCCUAUGGAUGAUUGUAAACUACAGUUCAAGGGAGGGAACCCAGGUGCUGUACAGUUUGGAAAUUUUAUAAAUUACUAUCAAUUCCAUUCCCCAGAUGAUCGCAUCACUUUAUUACCCAAAUAUAUUUGGAAUCAACAUAAACCAUUUGUUGCUUUGGAUAUUGGCUGUAACACUGGGAAUCUAACUAUAGCUUUAAAGGAAUUCUUUGAAGAGCAUGUAUCAAAAGACACUUCCAUUCUGGCUGUAGAUAUUGAUCCUGUGUUAAUAGAUCGAGCAAAGGAUGUUAAAAUAAAUAAUAUAAAAUUUCAAUGUUUAGAUAUAAUGGAAGAAAAUGAAAGGGAUGCCAUCAUAAACAGCUAUCUUAAAGAUCACAGCCUUAAGAGAUUUACGGCACUGUUUUGUUUUUCCACAACAAUGUGGAUCCACCUAAACCAUGGUGACUUGGGCUUAAAGAAGUUUCUAAAAUACAUUAGUACUAUUUCAGAUAUGAUUAUAGUUGAACCACAACCCUGGAAGUGUUAUAAAACUGCUGUGAAAAGAAUGAAGCAAAAGGACUUUGUUUUUUCAGAAUUUUCUAAACUUAAAAUCAGAGAAAGUGUAGAAAAUGACAUUCAGGAUAUAUUAGUCAAAGAGUGUAAUAUGAAAAAAGUGGUAGAAAGUGAAAGAACUACCUGGGGCAGGAAGCUGUUAAUAUUUAUACAAAAAUAGAUACAAUUAUAUAUUUUUUAAUAAAAUAUGUCUAAAUGAUAAUAAUGUUUAUAUCUUAGGUAGUCUAACAUGUCAAUGUGUUAAGUAGUAUAUUUAUAAAUCGAAAUAUUAUAUUUACUAUUGAAAAAAAAUGUUGUUUAAGCAGGACUUAAGCAGGAAUAAGCAUUCUUUCUUUUGGAUGGUUAGUGAUUACUACACAAGGAAUUCAGAAUAUAACCUCGUAUUCAAAACUUGUGUACAGUUUUUUGCUUUCUUA